AUGGUGCAGCGACCUGGGCUACAACCUGCUGUACGGCCGCCUCUCCACCUUUGUCUCCAACAUCACGCCACUUGCAGCCAUCGUCACCCUGUGCGUCCUCAUCCCCCUCUCCUCCUACUCCCACCCUCCGCUCACAUGCCUGCUACCCUCCGCUCACAUGCCUGCUACCCUCCGCUCACAUGCCUGCUACCCUCCGCUCACAUGCCUGCUACCCUCCGCUCACAUGCCUGCUACCCUCCGCUCACAUGCCUGCUACCCUCCUAUCACAUGCCCGCUGCCCUCCUCUCAUGUGCCUGCCUCUCUCAGUUUCCUUGUGCAGUCCCCUCACUAUCUCUCUGCGCCUCUCCAACCCUCCUUGCCUUGGCCCAUCAUGACACACCUCCGUCUCCCCUUGUUUGUGCGCAUGCGCCCCUCUCUGCAUGUGUGCGCCCCUCUCUGCAUGUGUGCGCCCCUCUCUGCAUGUGUGCGCCCCUCUCUGCAUGUGUGCGCCCCUCUCUGCAUGUGUGCGCCCUUCUCUGCAUGUGUGCGCCCCUCUCUGCAUGUGUGCGCCCCUCUCUGCAUGUGUGCGGUGCGCCCCUCUCUGCAUGCGUGCGGUGCGCCCCUCUCCCGUCUGGCAGGAACCUCAACUUCAACUACUUGUAUGACAGCGUGCCCUCCACGCUCCUCAACAUGGCCGCCCUCACAGAAAUGUCAGUUUCGCGCAACCCCACUCGCAACAUCUAUUCUAGGGGCUUACCAGGGCUGUCAGUCACGUGCUGUGGGUGGUGCUGCUUCGUGGCUGUGAGGGAUGGCGAAUGCAUGGCUGCCUCCUCAUUGAAGCGCCCUUGCUCUUGCUGCACAGACAUACGUGAGUGGAAUGGUGCAUUGGUGCGGUGGACGCUGCAGCUGCCCACACCCACAUGCGCCCUCGUCGCUCAGCGCACCGCGGGCUGCAACAUCUGCGCCACCACCAACGCCGUGCCACCCCUGUGCGGCGGUGCAGCGUGCGUGCUGAACGCCACGGCGCCGCUGGCAGCGGGGACGGUGAACAGCCUCACGGCCACCAUGCAGCCCUUCUACUGCGGCCCCGCCACCAUCGACGCCACCGCUGCGCAAGCGCUGCUGGUGCUGAGGGCUGCCCUGGGGGUGACGCAGAGCAGCUGGCUGGUGGACUCGCCGUGCGUCGUGGCAGGCAACCCGCCCAUGCCUGGCACCUGGGCGGGCGUCGCCUGUGAUACCACAGGCCAAGUCGUCUCCUUGCACCCCAUCCGGUCAUGUCAAGGCACCCCAUCCUGUCAUGUCAAGGCACCCCAUCCUGUCAUGUCAAGGCACCCCAUCCUGUCAUGUCAAGGCACCCCAUCCUGUCAUGUCAAGGCACCCCAUCCUGUCAUGUCAAGGCACCCCAUCCUGUCAUGUCAAGGCACCCCAUCCUGUCAUGUCAAGGCACCCCAUCCUGUCAUGUCAAGGCACCCCAUCCUGUCAUGUCAAGGCACCCCAUCCUGUCAUGUCAAGGCACCCCAUCCUGUCAUGUCAAGGCACCCCAUCCUGUCAUGUCAAGGCACCCCAUCCUGUCUUGUCAAGGCACCCCAUCCUGUCAUGUCAAGGCACCCCAUCCUGUCAUGUCAAGGCACCCCAUCCUGUCAUGUGAAGGCAUCCCAUCCUGUCAUGUCAAGGCACCCCAUCCUGUGCACCGUGUGCCAUGCCAUGCACAUGCUCUGCAACCAUGCCACGGGACAAUAG